AUGGCAACGACAACUACAUGGAUAUCAACGCAGUCGAUCAGCCACAAACAUGACGUGGACGCACGAGAUGCGCCGCUUUUGAAUAACAUCAGCAGUUUCCAGCCAUUCUCAGAAGAACAAAUCAGUAUAAGUGAAGUCCGCGCCGGAACUUCCCAGGUGGACCAAACUUCGCCUCGUGUGUCCGUCGCCAAUAAGUUUGCCACAACACAAAACGCUCUGCUAUUACAUGCUAUCAAAGAGAAAUAUACGCUUGUGACAGAUCAUGCGGUGCCGUCAAUACUCCAUGACGACGAGGUCCUUAUUGAGGUUUCUGCUAUUGGAUUGAAUCCAAUCGACUGGAAAGCACCAGCGUUUAAUUUCGGCAUUCCCGACCUACCCUGGGUUUUCGGUCGCGAUCUGGCUGGCACCGUCAUCAAAUCCUCCUCCUCGUCAUCUUCCCGUCUCCGAGUCGGUGAUCUUGUCCUUGUCCCAUCCACCGAUUACCGAGACAUUCGCAAAGCUGCAUUUCAGGAAUAUGCCGUUGCCACGCAUUACAAUGCUGCUAGGAUUCCGCCCACUACCUCCGUACACAGCGGGGCUUCUAUAGGCGUGGCCUAUGUGGCUGCUGCGCUGGCGUUGGGGAUUUCAUUUGGCUUGGACUUUGGGCUGGCGCAAAAUGUGCCUGGGCCAAAUCUGAGGCAGAUUUUGAAGAACUUGAAUCCGCACGAUAUCCCAGAGGAUAUUCGGGAUGAAUGUCUUCCUGUGUCCGCAGCAGAUACCGAGAGACCGCAAAAGGGGGACUGGGUUGCAAUAUGGGGAGCAUCCACAACCACAGGAUACAUUGCGCUACAGCUCGCAAAGCUUUGCGGACUCAAAGUCAUCUGCAUUGCAGAUAUUGCACGGCAUGGCUCCAGGCUUCAUGCUGCCGGCGCGAACAUACUGGUUGACCGACACGACACCAAUCGCGCUGUCGAAAUCAUAAGAGGCGUGACUAAUGGCCGUCUACGGUUCGGCAUCGACAUUGUUGGACGCGAGACAGCAACUAUCCUUGAACAAGCCCUAGCCUCGCCCAGUGGGGAAAGCGAUGGACCGCAUUCGCAUUCACACUCGCAUCUCUUGGGACUCACUGGUGUGCCGAAGGAGAAGAAUGCCGGGAUCAUUUAUCACGCUGUGCCCAUAAAGAUCUUCCACUCCUCGCCUGAGAUUGGUGAGGGCUUGGUCGCGUGGUUGGAGAAUUUGUUGGAGACUGAAGCUUUGAUACCACCAGAAGUCAUCAGAAAUGACGGGGGCCUCGGGGGUAUCAACGAUGCAUUAGACAUAUUGAGGAGCGGUGCCGUGGGUGGCAAGAGGAUUGUGGUUGAUUUGAAUAAGACCAGGCAGUACACUAGCCAGUACUCGAUAGAAGCCGUUGAAUCAUAG